UUGGUAAAUAAUGCUAUUUGAUCACAACAAUGCAACAAUUCAGCGCACGUGAAAAGUAUUUGAUAACAAACACAUUAAACAGUUUGCCAGUAAUAUUGCAAGGACGCGCUGUGCUCAUUGAUCUGCACAAUGAGACAUCCGUAGCGGGAAUAAUUGACUCCGCCGAUGGCCACAUGACAUGCGAACUGACUAAUGCAGUCUUCAUAGAUAGGAAUGGAGAACAACAUGCCUUUGAUCAUUUCAUGAUACGCAAUCGAAUGAUUCGUCUGCUGCACGUGCCCAAGGAUCUGGAUAUCAAGCAUGAGAUUGAGCAACUGCAGCGGAGGCCGCCCAAGAAAAACAAAGCAAAUGCUAAGCGAUCUUUCAAACAGAAGCGCGCCGAAGAACGCCAUAAGGAGACUUUGGAAAGCAUUAAAGCGCAUAGAGAUGCGGAGAAAUCGUAGAUGAAUUCCCAAUUGGGGAAUGAAAAUAAGGAAAUAAAACGAAAUAAACAAUUA